AUGGCAAGGUCGCUUUCAAAGUUGCUCUGCAAGGGAAUUUCAUUUUCAGGCUCGGCUGCUCGUUCUGCCAUAAUUGCUCCUGGAUCCUUUUAUAUCAAUGGAAUGAGAUACUCGACCACAGUGCCGAAUGAGCCUGACACACAUGAUGAUUUUAAGCCCACUAAUAAGCUGGAGAAUUCUGGCCUUACAUUGAAGGACCUUGUUGAACAGGAUGUCAAGGACAAUCCUGUAAUGCUUUAUAUGAAAGGAGUGCCUGAUCUUCCUCAAUGUGGCUUCAGCUCACUUGCAGUAAGAGUGUUAAAACAAUACAAUGUUCCUUUGGGUGCUAGGAAUAUCUUGGAAGAUCCUGAACUGAAAAGUGCUGUAAAAGCCUUCAGCCACUGGCCAACGUUUCCGCAGAUAUUCAUCAAGGGGGAGUUCAUUGGAGGGUCAGAUAUUAUUCUCAAUAUGCAUCAGACUGGUGAGCUCAAGAAAAAGCUUCAGGAUAUUUCAGCCAAUCAAAAGAAAUCUGAAUAA